GUCACCGAGUGCUCUGCAAUAUGGCGGCGGCAGCGGACCCGGAGUUACAGAGUUUCAUUGAAGCAGAGACUCAGAAGCAGCGCUUCCAAGGACUGGUGCAUCAGCUGACGGAGCUGUGCUGGGAAAAAUGUAUGGAGAAACCAGGACCAAAGCUGGAUGCUCGAUCUGAGGGCUGUUUUGUGAACUGUGUGGAGAGGUUUAUAGACACGAGCCAAUUUAUCCUGAACCGAUUAGAACAGACUCAGAAGUUGAGGGGAACCUUUUCUGAAAGCCUUAUUGACUGAGGAUUGAAUAAAUUUCCAACCGAUCAAAGCAGAUGUCCUUGUCUAGUGAUCUGCGUUAUUCAAAGGCGACUUCUGUUUGUGGACUGCUCGCUGUUUUGCCUGAAAAAGAUAUCAGAUGUGUCUGCGUUUGCGAAGGCUUUCCAGAUGAAACUCCAUUGCUUGAUAUGUCAAAGAAUAUUGAGUGGUUCACAGAUGCAAAGAAGGAUAUCAUGAAAUAUGUAACUUACCAUAAUUUUUUCAAUUCAUUUCUGACAUUAAACAGAAUUUUGAUUGUA